AUGCAGAGCUGGACGAUGCCACUGGAAAUCAAGACGGGCCGUGCGGUCGCCGGAAUGGAGCACCGUGCACAAACGAUGCUGUAUACCCUGCUCAUGGCGGAGCGCUAUGGCACAGAAGUCCCAAGUGGACUGUUGUACUACACGCGGAACGACGAAGUGGUCCGUGUGCCUGCCGUCCGCAACGAGUUGCGAGCACUGCUGGUCGCGCGCAACGAGAUGGCCGGCUAUAUGAUGCGGAGGAUGCGCCAGCAAAGUGGGGCAGGGAAACUCGAGGCUAAACACGAGGCGGAGGACAUGUCCGAGGUGGAGUCUUUCCUGCCGCCGACCAUCGAUGACACCUGGCAAUGUGGCAAGUGCUAUGCCUUGAAUACCUGCAUGCUUUACCGCAAGGCCGUUGAGAACGUCGUCGAUACUGUGUCGCCUAUUGCCGAUAUCUAUGCCCUGAAGACGUCGCAUCUCACAAAUGCGCAGUCGGAGUUCUUCAAGAAGUGGGAGGCACUCAUCGCGCUCGAGGAGCAAGACCUAGUACGGUUCAAGAAGGAGCUUUGGACGAUGGGCGCUCAGGAGCGCGAGAAGCGUGGUCGUUGCUUCAGCGACAUGGUCCUGGACGUAUCCUAUCGACCUGGAUCAGAUGCAUCUCAAAGCACUCUCAAAGCGGAUGGGAAGAUCCAUCGCUUCACAUAUCGCUUCGUGAAGAACAUGCACACGACGGCCGCGUCUUUGCUCAACGGGCAUAUGAGCUGUGGCGAUGCGAUCACAGUCUCUGUAGAGCCCAAUCUACUGGCAAUGGCCAGGGGCUUCAUCGUCGAUCUCACGCCUGAGGGCGUCGUCGUAGGAGUGGACCACGAGGUCAACCUGGAUGCGAUACGCGUGCUUACGAGCGGGCGGCGCGCCAUCCACGAUCACUCAGUCGUUUUCCGGAUAGACAAGGACGAAUUGUUUGGGGGCAUGGGCCGGAUACGAGAUAAUCUGGCUCAGCUCUUCUAUGUCAAUGGUGACACGCGAAGACUGCAGCUCGUCGUCGAUCUUGUCCCACCACGCUUUGAGGACUGCGAGAUGACUGUACCAUCCACCAAGCUGACCUCAAUGUCACAGUUGAAUAGCAAUCAGCGGCACGCUGUGACGAAGGUACUGAGUGCACAAGAUUACGCGCUCAUCCUCGGUAUGCCAGGAACGGGGAAGACGACAGUUAUUGCCGCUAUCAUACAGAAGCUCGUUGACAUCGGCAAGACGGUAUUGCUGGCCUCCUACACCCAUUCGGCAGUCGAUACUAUUCUACUCAAGCUGAAGGAUGUCGCAGACUUUGGCAUCUUGCGACUGGGCAACCUAGAUAAAAUCCACCCCGAUGUACACAGGUUCACGCUUGCUCGCAAACGUCCUGCGACAACCAUCGAGCAACUUGAGCAUCAGGUCAUGACCCCUCCCGUUGUUGCCACGACCUGCCUUUCUAUAGACCAGUGCGCAAUCGCGCUGCACGAAAGGGCGGUCUCGAUGUCUCACUAUUCCGGCGGCUUUCCGAUGCGCAUCCCCAUGCAGUGA